UCAUGAAAAAGGAACACAAGGCCACGGCAGGAUCUUCCCAACUUUCCUCUCUUUUUAUGCAAAAUUGAUUUACUGCUCUCAAAUCCAAACUCCCUAGGCUAACAAUUGCAAAUCCUCCGAUCUCCUGCGUUAAAAGAGGUCCGAAUGCCAAGAAAACUAGCAGUACCCCACAAAUUAAAACAGCCAACCGCUAUGAUUCAGUUUUUCAGUUAUUACAGUUUCCUAAUCUCCUUCUCCUUCCUCUGCCUUUCCCGCCCUUCCUUUCCCGCCAGAAUCAAACCAGACCCCUCAUCGACUGUCACAACCGUCGAUUCCUAUAACGCCACCACGUGGCAUGAAUUCACUCGCUUCCUUGAUGUCGGGAAGGGCAGUCAAGUCAGUGGCAUGUCGGAGCUGAAGAAAUACUUCAACCGUUUCGGUUACCUCCAGAUUCCCGACACCAAAAAUUUCACCGAUACCUUCGAUACGCAAUUCGAAUCGGCUGUUCUUGCAUAUCAAACAAAUCUAGGAUUGCCUGAAACAGGUAAACUGGACUUUGAUACCAUAUCAAUGAUCGUGUUGCCCAGAUGUGGUGUUAGUGACACAAAGACACACGACACAAGGUUCCAGGCGAAAAAACGUUUUGCAUAUUUUUAUGGUAAGCCACGGUGGAUGCGUCAGGCACCGGUGAUACUAACCUAUGCGUUUUCGCAGAAUAAUAUGAUUGAUUACAUAAGUAUAAAAGACACAAGGACAGUUUUCAAGCGUGCCUUUUCAAGGUGGGCACAGGUGAUUCCAGUGAGUUUUAUGGAAAUUGAAGAAUAUCCAUCAGCAGAUAUCCGAAUUGGGUUUUAUCAUAGGGAUCAUGGCGAUGGAAAACCGUUUGAUGGGGUUCUGGGUAUAUUGGCUCAUGCAUUUUCACCGGAGAAUGGGAGGUUUCAUCUCGAUGCAAGUGAAACGUGGGCCCUUGAUUUAGAUAAAAUUAAGUCAAGGGUAGCGAUUGAUUUGGAAUCAGUUGCCACGCAUGAGAUUGGGCAUGUGCUUGGAUUGGCACACUCUUCGGUUAAGGAAGCUGUGAUGUAUCCGAGUUUGAGUCCUAGGACUAAGAAAGUGGACCUUAAGAUUGACGAUGUAGAUGGUGUUCAGGCUCUUUAUGGGUCAAAUCCUAAUUUCAAGUUUAGCUCCUUGUUGGCGUCGGAUAAUUCGUUUAACAAGGGAAUUGGUCUCAGAAAUACGAGAUCAUCAAAGUGGACAAUUUCUUUAUUGAUUUUUAUACGACAUAAAUAUUCGUGUGAACCCUAUUCUAUCUCCUCUCUGGUUACAAUUUUCUUUUCACGAAGAAGCUUGUUUCGGUCCACCUACGGGUACCCUUUGUAUGGGGCUUUAAGUGUGAAGACAGGGAAGGAAGACAACCUUCAAAAGGAAACAGCAGAUGCAACGGCAAACCAGAAAUCCAGUUCAGGAAAGACACGCAUGCUGUCCAAUUCCCUUCCAAAGAAUAUACCUCAACUCAAAACAGGUAAAUAA